AUGCCGUCUCCAGCAGCAGGUAGAGCCACCAACGCUCCCGAAACUCCCACAAAGACCGGCAAGAGCCCCGCUUCCUCGUCUACAUCCAAGCUGACUGGUGAAGGAGGUACUCCUGGUCGCAAACCCCCCAAGCUGGGUUCCUCGAAAGCGACGCCCAAGAAGCUUGAGACACCUUCUCGCCCUAAGCAGGAAGAUACACCCAAGCCCACGGAAGAGAAGCGUGAAGACGAGAAGCCUGAGGAGACCGAGGAAGAGGACCAAGGUCAAAUCAGCUUGAAGGAUACCGAGGAGCCGGGCGGCAAAAUCAGCCAACCAGGCGACGACACGGGCGCCAGCGAGCUCUCCGAAGCCAAUCCGGAGCCGGUUCCCGAUAGCGACGAGGAAGAAGACGACGGCGAGACAGCCCGUGGAGGCAAGGAGGCCGCCAAGGACGAGGGCACCGAGGGCGAGGAGGAAGAAGAGACAGAAGCCCCUACCGAAGGAGGCACCACCGAUGCCGCUGAAGAAGCCGAAGACGAGGCGGAAGAUGGAGGCAAAGGUGCUCUCGGCGGCCUCGGAAAGGCCGCAAAAGGUGUGACUGGCGCCGGUAAGAAGGUCGCCGGCCGAGUGAGUGGCGCUAAAGACACCGCGACCAACGGUGCUGGCAAGGCUACGAAAGGUGACGUGCAAGGCGCCGCUGAGGAUACAGCCGGCGACACCAAAGAAGCGGCUGAAGACACGGCUGGCGAUGUCCAGGACACUGCAGAAGAUACUGCAGAAGGUGCAAAGGAUACCGCCGAAGGUGCAGCUGACGAUGUACCCAAAGAUACCGAUGAUGUCAAGGAGACUGCCAACGGUGCCAAGGACCAAACCGAGAAGGUGGCUGGUGAUGUCGAGGAUACUGCAGAAGACGCCGCAGAAGAUGCAACCAAGGAUCUUCCCGUCGACCUCGCAGCAUUGAAGGGUCUCAAGGUCGGCGACACUGGAGACAUCAAAGAUGAAUCCGGCCGAGUCAUUGGCAAACUUGAGGAAGGUGACCCGGCAGACCUCGAAGGCUAUGAGAUUGGCGACGAUGGGGAGAUCCUCGACGAGGAUGGCGACGUGGUGGGUCGUGCCAAUGUCAUUGCCGAGAAGGCGAAAGAUGCUGCCGGCGAUGCCACCGAGGAUGCAGAUGCUGAGGGUGCAGUCAAUGGAGUCAAGGAGACUGCCGAAGAGACAGCCGAAGGAGCCCAGGACCAAGCUGAGCAGGAAGUUGAUGGUGUCAAGGAAGAUGCCGAAGAUGCAGCAGAGGAUGUCCAAGACCAAGCAGAAGAUGCCGUCGAGACCUAUCUUCCUGACAUCAGCGUCCUCGAUGGUCUGGAGGUGCAAGAAAACGGCGACAUUCUCGACAAAGAAGGAAACGUUCUUGGCAAGAUCACUGAAGGUGACCCAGCAGACUUGGUUGGCAUGACUCUGAAUGCCGAGGGCGAGAUCCUGGAUGAGGAUGGAGAUGCUGUUGGACGUGCCGAGGUUGUUCCUCAGCCAGUUAAGCAAGCCGCUGAAGAGGCCGCCGGAGAUCUGCCUGGCCUGGAUGCUCUUGAAGGCCUCGAGGUACAGGAAGAUGGUGCCAUCAAGGACAAAGAGGGCAACACUUUGGGCAAGAUCACCGAAGGAGACCCCGCUGACCUCGUUGGCCGAACUGUCAACGCUGAGGGCGAGGUGCUCGACGAGGAUGGCGAUGUCAUCGGUCGUGCAGAGGUCGAACCCGAGGCCGCUGAGGCUAUGAAAGACAAGGCCGAAGGAGGAGUCGAGGACGCCAAACCAGAAGCCGUCCAGCAAGCGCUCGACAAGGUGGACGAAGUUGCAGAGCAGUUGAAGCCCAACCUCACAAUCGUCGAGGGCCGCAAGCUCAACAAGAAGGGCAAGAUCCUUGACGAUGAGGGAGAAGUGCUUGCUGAGCUUGUCGAAGGUGAUUUGAAAGAAUGCCAGGGCAAGAUCCCUAACGAGAACGGCGAGAUUGUCGACAAAGAUGGAAACGUCAUCGGACGUGUCCAGGUCGUCGAAGGGGAAGCUGCCGAUGAAGCUAUGAAAGAACUCCACCCAGACUUGGUGGAGGAGCUCGAAGACGCCCAGAAAGCCGCGGACGAGGCCGAGAAGCAAGCUCAAGAAGCUGGCGAUCAGGCUGACGCGGCUGGCGAGGCGAAAGAAGCAGCAGAAGAUGCCCAGGAAGGGGCUGAAGGUGCUGCUGACGAGGCUAAGGAUGCCGCUGACAAGGCAGCCAAGCCUGAUUUUGCUCAACUCGAAGGUCUCAAAGUCAACAAGAAGGGUGAGGUGGUCAAUGAAGACGGUGAUGCCAUUGCCAAACUGUCUGAAGGCUUUGAUGUUGAGGCCGUCCGCGGCAAGAAGAUCAACGAGAACGGAGAAAUCCUUGACAAAGAUGGAAAUGUCAUUGGCAAGGUCGAAUUCAUCCCUGCAGCUAUUGAGGAAGGCCUCGUUGAGACCAUUGACGAGGCUGCUCCCGACGGUCUGGACACUUCCGUCCUUGAUGGCCUGAAGGUGAACAAAAAGGGUCUUGUACUCAAUGAGGAUGGCGAAGAAAUUGCCAAGCUCGUUGAAGGUGACCUGGCCGCUGUCGCAGGUAAGAAACUGAAUGACAAAGGAGAGGUCCUGGACAAGGACGGAAAUGUCAUUGGUAAAGUUGAGCUCACCACUCAAGAACAACCGGAAGAGGAGCAAGCCGACGAGGAAGCCGGCGAAGAAGUCGACGAUGGUCUUCCUCCUCUAUCCAUUCUCGAAGGUCUCAAGGUCAACAAGUCGGGCAAGAUCGUCGACAGCAAUGGAAACAUCGUCGGUGAACUGGUGGAAGGUGACGCCAAGAAACUCUGGAAAGCUGGUACCGUCUGCGACGCUGAAGGUCAGUUCUGGGACAACAAGGGCCACGUCAUCGGCCGGGCGAAGACUCUCCCUCAGGAAGAUGCUGAAGGAGAAGCCGAGUUCGCUGGUCUGGAAGGUCUCACUGUUGUGGCCGACGGAUGGGUGGAAGAUGAGAAUGGUAACAGAGUCGGUCGCAUUGUAGAAGGCGACGCAAAGAAACUUGUUGGCCGGGCUGUGGACGAAGACGGCGAUGUCAUCGACAAGCGAGGUAACGUUGUCGGCCAUGCCGAGCGAUACGAGGAGCCGGAAGCAGAGCCCGAACCGGCACCCGAGCACAUCGACCUUUCGGAGUUGAAGGGUCUCUCACCCAACAAGCAAGGCAACGUCAUUGGACCUGACGGGGUUCCCAUCGGUCGCCUGGUCGAGGGCAACCCCAAGGAACUUGCCGGCCGGAAGAUCGACGGAGAAGGUCAGAUCUGGAAUGACCGAGGGGAAGUCGUUGGCCGCGUCGAUCUUAUUCCCGCAAGCGAGCGCGAAGCCAAACCCGAAGGUCCCUUCGCUGGUCUCGAGGGUCUCGUUGUCGUGAAAGAAGGUUUCGUUGAAGACCACGAAGGCAACGUCGUGGGCAAAGUCGUCGAAGGAGACUGGAAGAAGCUUAUCGGCCGCGCCGUCGACGAGGACGGUGAUAUCAUCGACAAGUACGGAAACGUCAAGGGUCACGUCGAGCCGUACGAGGUGCCUGAGGAGGAGGUCGUUGAAGAAGACCUCUCGAGCCUUGCUGGCAAGACAGUCAACAAGUCCGGCAAGAUCGUCGACGAACAUGGCACCAUCUUUGGAGAGGUCGCCGAAGGAGAUGUGAAGCGUCUGGUCGGAUGCAAGGUCGACGGGCAAGGCCAAAUCUGGUCCAACGACGGCAAGGUCAUUGGUCGCGGCAGACUGAUUGUCGGAGGUGACGACGGUCGUUCCGAAGGCCCCUUCUCGAACUUCGAGUCUACUAGCAUUGACAAGGAGGGCUAUGUCCGAGACUCAGCUGGGGAGAUCAUCGGCCGUGUCACCGAGGGGGAUGUCAAGAAGCUCGUCGGACGCAAGGUGGAUGACGAUGGAGACAUCACAGACAAGAACGGGAAUGUCAUCGGUCAUGCCGAGCGCUGGGAACCUGAAAAGAAAGAGCGCGAAGUGUCGCCAAUGGCUGGUCUGCGCGUGAACAAGGAAGGCGAAGUCCGCGACAAGAACGGCGACGUCAUUGGCAGGCUCACCGAAGGUAACUUGCUGGCUUGCAUCGGCAAAGAGGUCAACGAUAAUGGAUAUGUCGUCGAUCAAGACGGCAACAAGAUCGGUGAAUGCACGCUUCUGGAGAACAUUCCCGAGGAAGAGGUUGAAGAAGGACCUACGCCUGAACAGAUGAAGGAAGAAGAGGAGCGGGAGAUUGCCAAGAAGAUCUCCAGCAUCAUCAACCAGACGCUGGAGAAGAUGGAACCUAUCUGCAAGCAGAUUACAGAGAUCAUCGAACGCGCCGACCGUACCCCCAAGGACGAACUUGAUGAAGAGAAACUGGUCCAAGAUGUGAAACCCCUGAUCGAGGAAGGCGGUCGCAUUCUCGGCGAAUGUAACGGAGCUAUUCGCGGUCUCGAUCCCGACGGCCACAUCGCCGCCAACGCGAAAGCUAAGGCCGCAUCUGGAGAGGCUACGCCAGAAGAGCACCGCGUCGCCGAAGGUCUCAAGGAGUUGACCACGCAGGUGGUCAAGACAGUUGACAACGCGAAGAAACGCAUCGCCGACAUGCCACACGCGAAGAAGAAGUUGAAUCCUCUUUGGGGAUUGUUGACGGAGCCGCUGUUCCAGAUCAUCGCAGCCGUGGGCCUGCUUCUAUCAGGUGUGUUGGGCUUGGUUGGCAAGCUGCUCAACGCCCUCGGCCUUGGCGGAUUGGUCAAUGGCAUCCUCGGCGGCUUAGGUGUCGACAAGCUGCUCGGGGGAUUGGGACUCGGCAGUGUUGCCGAAAGUCUUGGGCUCGGGGGUGGUAAGAAGAAAUAA